CCAUUGAGAAAUAGGCUUUACGGCUAUUUUCAUGCAGACGAUUGUGUCGCGUUACCUACCCUCUGAUGUCAUCGAUGUGCGACUUUUACAAGUCGUUUUUGAACAGGGGAAGCUAACGUUCGUGUGAAAGGUAUGCCAAUGUGAUCAUGGCCAGCAGGCAGUGGUGUGAGGGCCACUCCACCCCAGUGCUGUGUGUGGGGGCCUCUGGGGGCCCGGAGGGUCUCCUAGCCUCUGGCUCAGAGGAGGGUGAGGUAACAGUGUGGAACCAGGAAGGAGCGGUGUUAGCUAGUCUCCGUCUGCCCAGCGGGGAUGAUGUGACCAGCGCUGUGUUCUCGCCGGCGGCUCCAGGCCUGUUGUAUGUGUCCCACGGGGAGAUGGUGAGCGUACUGGACCCUAGGAGCCUGAACGGGGCGGUAGAAGAGCUGCAAGGUGCAGGAGAGGAAGAGAUCAACUCUCUGGCUCUGAAUGAGACAGGCUCAGCUCUGGCCGUGGCUGAUGACUCAGGGGUGGUGAGGGUGCUAGAGCUGCCGGGGGGCAAAGUGAACAGGACGCUCCGCAGACACACCAACAUCGUCUCAUCUUUGGCUUUCCGCCCUCUCAGGCCCAACAACUUGGUCUCAGCCGGGCUCGACAUGCAGGUGAUGUUGUGGAGCCUGCAGAAGACCCGCCCCGUCUGGACCCUCAACCUGCAGGAAAUGGCUGAGGAAGAGGAGGGCCAUCAGCAGAAGGCCGGUCAGUUCUUCAACCCACCUCUGGCCCACUGCGUCUCUGUAGCAACCUGCGGGAACGUUUUGGCCUGCGCCGCCGAGGACGGACGUGUGCACCUGAUGCGGGUCGGCAGUGGCUCCAAACUGGACCAGCAGGGGGCCAUCAAGGCCCACAGCCAGGGAGCCUCACAGGCCCACUUCCUCAGCUUCUUACCCCACCCAUACUGGCUGGCCACUGGGGGCAACGACGGCAUGGUGGCCCUCUGGGACCUCAGUCAGAACCCGGUAGUUACUGUUGAGGAUAAGGGCAAGCCACAAGCAGCGCCAGUCCACCGCAGAAGACCCAAGGCCAGGGCUAAAGCCAAACUCCAGUCCCAGGCUAAGCCCCUGCAGGCAAAAGAGGAGACUAAGGAGGAGGAAGAGGUGGAGGAAGGCAGCAGUGUGGAUCAGUCACCAGGCACAGAGGAGGCCCUGAAGUCAGGACCUAAACUCAGCUUCAGCCAUGGGGACAAGGUGAACUGGGUGUGUCCCACUCUGCUGAGAGGGGAGCCCAGCCUUGUGGUGGCUGACCAGAGCCCUAACCUGUCUGUCUACUCUCUGGCUGGUCUAUAGACCUAACCUGUCUGUCUACUCUCUGGCUGGUCUAUAGACCUAACCUGUCUGUCUACACUCUGGCUGGUCUAUAGACCUAACCUGUCUGUCUACUCUCUGGCUGGUCUAUAGACCUAACCUGUCUGUCUACUCUCUGGCUGGUCUAUAGACCUAACCUGUCUGUCUACUGUCUGUCUACUCUUUGUCUGUUGCAAUAUACAGACUGCCUUACCUUGUAUUACUUAGUAGUUUAAGGGGUCCUCCUUCCUCUGAGUUUUGCUCACUGAGCGAUAGUAUCAUCAGCCUGUCUGUGUAAUAAGACUGGCUGACAGAACCUUCUCUAACCAGAGGCAUCCACCUAAAGGAGGACUGAACAAUAUCUUUAUCAGCAGGGUUCUCCCCUUCAAAAGACUGAAACACUGACCAUCUGAUAGGACUGUACCAUGACAAACCAGGGGGGUGAAGACAGGACCAUCUGAUAGGACUGUACCAUGACAAACCAGGGGGGUGAAGACAGGUCCAUCUGAUAGGACUGUACCAUGACAAACCAGGGGGGUGAAGACAUGUCCAUCUGAUAGGACUGUACCACGACAAACCAGGGUGGUGAAGACAGGACCAUCUGAUAGGACUGUACCAUGACAAACCAGGGGGGUGAAGACAGGACCAUCUGAUAGGACUGUACCAUGACAAACCAGGGGGUGAAGACAGGUCCAUCUGAUAGGACUGUACCACGACAAACCAGGGGGUGAAGACAGGACCAUCUGAUAGGACUGUACCAUGACAAACCAGGGGGGUGAAGACAGGACCAUCUGAUAGGACUGUACCAUGACAAACCAGGGGGGGUGAAGACAGGACCAUCUGAUAGGACUGUACCAUGACAAACCAGGGGGGUGAAGACAGGUCCAUCUGAUAGGACUCUACCAUGACAAACCAGGGGGGUGAAGACAGGACCAUCUGAUAGGACUGUACCACGACAAACCAGGGGGGUGAAGACAGGUCCAUCUGAUAGGACUGUACCAUGACAAACCAGGGGGGUGAAGACAGGACCAUCUGAUAGGACUGUACCACGACAAACCAGGGGGGUGAAGACAGGACCAUCUGAUAGGACUGUACCAUGACAAACCAGGGGGGUGAAGACAGGACCAUCUGAUAGGACUGUACCAUGACAAACCAGGGGGGUGAAGACAGGACCAUCUGAUAGGACUGUACCAUGACAAACCAGGGGGGUGAAGAUGGACGCAGAUGUUUGAUCAGCUCAACAAUGAUAAGACUGUGCCAUGUCAGGAUCAGGCAGAUGUUACUGUGCUAGUUUAGCAGCUUCCUCCCUCAACUUGCCUCUGACUGGACUUAACACCAAUGUUUUCCAACUCCAGUUCUCAAUUACCCCCCCCCCCUCAACACUACACAUUUUUAUUGUAGCCCAGGACAAGCACACCUGAAACCUCUUGUCAACCAAUCAUCAAGCUCUCAAUGAGCUGAAUGAGGUCUGUUUCUUUUUUUUCUUCAGGGCUACAACAACAACAACAACCGUGUACGUCUGAAAGUACUGGAGGACCGGCCGUUGGGGAACACUGACUUAUACCAAAGUCCUCUGUCUCGCAAACACACCUGAACCCUCGCUUGACAAUAUGUACAAACCAGAUGUCCCACU